AUGAACGCAGAAAAUGGGCAGAAAAUAGAUAUGACGAAAAAUCAGCCCAGAGACACGGACGCCACCCCCAACGACACGGAAAUAGUUUCAUCCGAAGCUGCUACUGCUGCUGCUGUUACGGGCGGAGCACCCAGAUGGAGAAUCUCAAAAGCAUGUCAACAAUGUCGACGCAGGAAGAUUCGCUGUGAUGGAAGGGAGCCUUGCCAACAUUGCAAGCAGAAGAAGUUGGAGUGCGAGUAUCGCGGGUUUGUGCGACAGCGGAAACGGAAGCAUGAGCUCUUGAGUAAGAGUGAAGAUGCUGUUGCCGCUGGAGAAACUGAUUAUGGGGACGAUGGUGAGGAUGUGGCAAUUCGAGACAUCCAGGCACCUGUGUCAGCUCGUGGGAAAGGUGUUUCUUCGGUGAAUCGAAAGGGUUCGAGGUUGAUAUCAGGCCCGAGUCACGGUGCUUCCGCUGAUGGUAGCAGCAGAAGGAAUGAUCUUGUUGACUAUAGCGUCGCCGCAACGCACGUUGCCUCGCCUUCAUGCGUUAUACAGCUGUACUACGGGCCACAUUCCAAUUUCUCGCUCAUGCAGCUGAUGUAUCGCCAAUUAGUCGAUGGGCUAGGUGCUACUGACAGCAACAAUAAUGCAUCCUCCUCACACAGAGACGAAGUUGAAGAAGUCGGUCCUGGAUUGGACCUCUUCAGUUUUCGCCGCUUGUUCUUCGGAGACCUGGCGGGUAAUCAGGAUACGUCUAUUUCUGGCGGACUGGCGUUGGGCCCCAACUCAUUGUUUUUUAUGCACCCCUCGACAGCUUCAAAGUAUCUAGAACGGUUUUUGUCUACAAUUUACUACUUGACGCCUUGGAAGUUCAAGGAACGGUAUCGGCAGAUGCUUAACGGGCUGUAUCAGCCGAAUAGUGACAUGUCCGCCGAUAGCCCGCAGACAACUUUGCUGCUAUUGAUGAUGGCGCUCGGCGCGGCUGAAUUAAAGGACGAUGAGAUGGGAGACUUUCUCUACAAAAGGGCGAAAGCAAAUUCAGUGGCGUUUGAUGAGAUCGUGAACGUCCAAACGAUUCAGGUACCAAUCUUGAUGAUAAGUUUACCUCUCCUCAUUUUUGUUGACCUUGGAACGGCGACACGAAAGGCUCUUGCAGCUGGACUGCAUAAGAACACGCGUUUCAAAGUCGAGCAGACGACUGAGGAUGCUGAAGAGAAGAGGCUGACGUUUUGGAGUUUGUUUUUCUAUGAGAUUUGGAUAUGCUUUGGUCUCGGUCGUUCAAUGACUAUACCAGCCCAUGAAAUCACCAUACCAGAUCCCAAGGAGCAACCAAUGUUACUCGCUCUUGUCGAAAUAGCGCGUAUAAUGGCUCGAGCAGCACGGAACAUGUACAGUCAACGCCACGAUUCUCUCUUGUUAAUGUGGAAAAGCGCCAAGGAGAUUCGCAAGGAAGCCCAUGCUUUUGCCAGACGUGUACAGGGUGUUUUGAAUUUCGGGCUCGAUGCUUCUCCAAAAACUGGGGAAGUUGGUGUCUGUCAGAUUGUUCUUCAGUUAUUGUACCAUAAUACACUGCUUCUUACAUUCCGUCCUUUCCUCGUCUUUAGAGCAAGAUGGCGACGAGAUGGAAUCAUGAAGCAAAAUGAGAACCCAUCGACCAGCGGUGACAAAAACGAGCAGAGUGUCACUCCUCCAUGGCUCGACGAAGCAUGCGAGAGCUGCUUGGAAGCUGCGCGAUGCAUGAUCCGCCAUCUUUCGGGAGCUUGUGAAAUUAACCAAUACGUUCGGGAAAUCAGCUAUCAUGGCUUCCACCUCGAAACCGCCUGCUUUACCCUCGCCUUUGACAUGAUGCACUCUACCCCUCAGGCCGCCGAAAAACACCUUCCGUGGGUCCGAUCUGGUCUACGAUGCCUGUCUACCAUGAUGCCAGAUGGCGAAGCCAAAGGCCAAACUCAUUUGACCAUGAGCGCAGUCCAGCAAAUGCUCAUAGCUGUAUUUCCUGAACUAUCGACUGCGACAGGUCCGGAUCUUUCAUCUCCCGAUGACAGUAAUCGAUUCGAUAGCGAUGUCUAUGAUAGAUCGACACGCGGAAGUGAACAUAGCUACAAUUUACCAACUAGGAAUCCGAUAUCUACCAAUGCACAACUCGCCAGUGAAUCAGCGCCACGGCAGGUAUCAUACGGUCAACACCAAAUAUACAAUCCUGUUAUGUCCUCGGCACUCCCAGAGUACAACAACAUCUACACCAAUCCAUCCACAUUCUUCACCUCCCUCGGCCAAAACCUCAUGGCUACACCCGUCAGCUCGACAGAAAGCAACCCCAACACGAACAACAACGCAAACAACAUCUCAGCCGACGAUAUCGGCAUGGUCGAUUUUACGCAGGCAGAUAUACCGAUUGACUGGAAGGAUUUUGAUUUUUCGACUAUGGAUCUGGAGACGUUUAUGUCUAUUGAUCCGGUGAAUUCGUCGGCGGCGAAUAUUAAUAAUCAUGCUGUUGAUUAUUUGAAUGCUUUUGGCGGUGGUGUUGGGGGCCAUGGUGGUUGGGGUGGGAAUGAUUUUGGUGGAUUUGGAUCUGCAAGGUAG